AUGAAGCCCCCGCCGCGGCGGCGAGCGGCCCCGGCGCGCUACGUGGGCGAGGAGACCGGCCCCGCGGCCUGGAGCGCCCGCGAGAAGCGGCAGCUUCUGCGCCUCCUGCAGGCGCGGCGCGAGCAGCCGGAGCCGGACGCCUGCGAACUGGCCCGGGAGUUGCCGGGCCGGAGCGAGGCCGAGAUCCGGGACUUCCUCCGGCAGCUCAAGGCCCGCGUGGCCCGGGAGGCCAUUCAGAGGGUGCAUGCGGGUGGCCCCCAGGGCCCAAGGCAACGAGGAACGCAGACCCCAGCCCCCAUUGAGGUAUGGAUGGAUCUGGCUGAAAAGAUAACAGGUCCUCUGGAGGAAGCGCUGACCGUGGCUUUUUCACAGGUGCUCACCAUCGCAGCCACAGAACCCAUCAGCCUCCUGCACUCCAAGCCCCCCAAACCCACACAGGCCCGUGGACAGCCACUGCUCCUCAGCACCCCUGGAGGGCAGGAGAAUCAGAACCCUCAGACCCCAGGUCCUGCCCCCGAGACCCUUCAGCCUACCCCUGGUCCUGUCCCUGAGACCCUUCAAUGCACCCCUGGUCCUGCCUCUGAGACCCUUCAGUGCACCCCUGGUCCUGCCCCCGAGACCCUUCAACCCACCCCUGGUCCUGCCCUCCAGACCCCUUGCCCUGCCCCUGUGCCACCAUCCAAACCUCUGACGGGCUCCUCCACUACGGAGGAUUUCGCUGUGGACUUCGAGAAGAUCUACAAGUACCUGUCAUCCAUCUCCCGCAGCAGCCACGGCCCCGAGCUCUCUGCAGCUGAGUCAGCUGUGGUCCUUGACCUGCUCAUGGCCCUUCCCGAGGAGCUGUCGCACCUGCCCUGCGGUGCCCUGGCCGAGCAUAUGCUGGACAUGUAUGUGCACCUGACUGCCCCCCAGGCCCACCCAGCUGGCGGGAGCCUGGGUCCCGAGGCUGAGGACUCUGGGGCAGGCUCCAUGGGGCAGGAGGCAGCUUGCCAGGCCAUCCCUCAGGCCCGUGAGGACGCCGGGCUCAGUGAACCAAGAUCUGCCUGGCAAGCAGCCGGGGUCUGUCCCCUGAACCCCUUUCUGGUACCCCUGGAGCUUCUUGCCCGGGUGGCCACCCCUGCAAUUUGAGGGUCCUGGGCAGAGGACACACCAGACACCUAUGAGCUCCCUGACCAUCCUAUUCAGGCUGGCACUGGGCUGUCCAGCGCCACAGGUCAUAGCUCAUGACAUGGUCCUUAGUGUGGAGUGGCCUUUAAGGUGCUUGGCACGGCGGGGGUAGGAAGUCACAUCCUGUACUACAGGGUUUCAGCCACAAGACUGGGGGCGGGCAGCAGUGAGGCAGCUGGACCCCAGUCACCAUCCACUGUUGCGCACACUCCCCCUGUGCCUGUGUCCUGCGUCCUCUGUCCUUGACUGAAUAAAGCUCUGGUCUGUCUGCCCCUGAUUAUUUUUCUUGUAGUUAAA